AUGCUCAAACGCAAGGACCCACCAACUUCUGCAGCCGGGGCCGCCAAGAAAAAAGGGACUGAUAAAUCUUCAGUCCAGAGUUCUCUUGCUUUAUGGGUCAAACCCUCUGUAGAGACGUCAGCAGACAAGUCGUUAGUGACGUUGGAUAGCUUGGCAGCAGGACUGGAUGAUAACACCAAGAAAUUGUUAAAGUUGGAAGUUGAUACUAUGGACCAAGAAUGGUUGAAGGCGUUGAAAGCGGAAUUUAGGAAGAAUUACUUCUUGGAGCUAAAGAAAUUUCUUGCGACUGAUGCGAAAUCCCACAAAAUAUUUCCACCCGCUGAGGAUAUAUAUAGUUGGUCGAGAUUCACACCCGUUUCGAAAGUUAGAGUUAUCAUCCUUGGUCAAGAUCCUUAUCAUAAUGUCGGACAAGCGCACGGUCUAUGUUUCAGUGUUAGGCCUGGAGUUACACCUCCUCCAUCCCUGGUCAACAUCUACAAAGCCAUGAAAAUCGACAUCCCAACUUUCAGAGUACCCAAGCAUGGCUAUCUUGAAAAUUGGGCCAAGAACGGUGUUUUAUUAUUGAACGCAGCACUCACCGUUCGCGCGCAUGAUGCAGGAAGCCAUAGCAAGAAAGGAUGGGAAGAGUUCACUGAUGCAGCGAUUAAUUACUUGAACGAAAAGAAAUCCGGAUUGGUAUUCAUACUUUGGGGAGGACAUGCUCAUAAGAAGGGAAAACGUAUUGACAAGCAAAAACACUUGGUAUUGAAAGCACCCCAUCCUUCUCCACUUUCUGCAAGAGGAGGAUUCUUUGAGUGCCGCCAUUGGUCACAAGCCAACGCAUACUUGAAAAAUGGUGUGCAAGAAACUGCCAGUGCUAGCGAUAAAGAUGCGGUCGAGCAAGUGCCGCCAGAGGAAGAAAAAGCUGGUAUGGGAGAAACUGCGAAUGCUAAUGAGAACAAUGCAGUUGAGCAAGUCGCAGUUGUCAAUUGA